GAAUCAGUUUGUUCUUUAGCCAAAUAUGUUUUGGGUCCUGUGAACUUACUCUGCUUUCAAUAAAUCAAGCUUUAUUUUCAAAACGUUACAUUUGAAUUGAAAUCUGAGACAUGUGCAAUACUUGAAAAUACAAAGCAACAGUUACUUCUAUUUAAGGCCAGUUUUUUGACAAAAAAUGUUUUUCAGCAAUGUGCUGCAUGCUUAUGAUUUAUGUUCUGAAAUAUGAGGAAAAGUAUCAAAAAAGGAUUAAACUGCUAUUAUCUUCAUAGUGUCAUCAGUUAAAUAUUGAUCAUCUGAAUUGCUGAUCAACAUUUAUUUUUCAAAGCUGUUAUGAGUAAUAUAAACAUUAAAUAAACUUGAAUUGGCAAUAAAGCCUAUUUUAUCAAGCCCUGGCCAAUACAACACACUUACAGUUCUAAAACUGAAUUUGGACUGGACUCCACAAAACAGUGUUCUGAGGCAUUUAAUUAACUUUUUGUUGUUGUUGUUUGCAGAUAUUUGGUCCCCAAUGAUUUCACAAUUUCUUUAAUUUCCCAAGAUAUCCCCAUUAUUCAUGUGGAACGAACUAUGUUUUUGCAUGGGAUUUAGAGACCUUUAAAACUCUGACCAAGUCAGUGUUUUAUCUGAAUGAUCUACAGUAUGUUAGACAGGGUAUUUUAACAAUGUGAUUGCCUUGAAAGCUUUGAUCAAAGUUCAAGUCACUGAUUUUGAAGUUUUGUAUUUGGGGAUAAUUUUAAUCUUUGGUACAGAUCUCUUGAAAGGCAUUUAGCAACAAUGUGUCCACAUGGACUCAGAGGUUUAUUGGUAGAUUAACAGAUGUUUCACACUAAGGAACAGAUUUAACAAGAGAACGUCCGUGAGGCAAGUCUGUGUUGUAAUUCAUGCAGUUUUGGCACGGAGGUACCACCAGAGCUACGUCACUUCAGGAAGUUCUUAAGAUGAUACAGGCAUAUAUUUUUUUGAGAGGCGGUGUUUGUCACAUGUCUAUUUGAAUUUCCUGUUUACCACUUGUUCCACGUCUGGUCUAGCCUAGCAACACAAUCAAGCAGCUAGCGUUGUACAUUUGACAAAGAACAUUGGAAUUUUUUUUAAUCAGUUCAUGCUGUGGAAUAGUAUUUUAGGCUGCAAAGCCUUGUCUUACUAUUUUUUCGGCGAAAGGCGAAGUAAUAUAAAGGCAUGACAUUGAAAAACGUGACCAGGCCGGCAGUCCUCGACUUUUCCUGAGUCACUUCUCCGGGCACGGCUAGCUAGCAGGCAGCAUCGAAUUCUUGUAUUUGGUGGGCUUGGAAUUCUGCGUUUCAGAUACAGUUUAACAUCAGAACAUCGAAUCGAUGCGGGCUGGAACUGUUCCGUUUGAGUUGUACGGUUGUCCGUACUUUAACAAGCACGUGAAAAGCUAACUCAAACUUGUGGAUAUCAGAUUUAUAUUGGCUUGUUGGUUAGGUAGCUCGUCAAGCAAACAUUUCUGAUAGCGUACCGUUAACAUCAGCCUGUUUAGUUUUGGGUUUGUUAUGCCUAGCUAUCUUAGCUAAUUAGUUAGUUAGCUGAUUAAUUGAAUCUGCCUAGGCUGGCAGUGGUUGGCUAACUGGCGACAAACUUUCCGUUGCCCUGAAUUCGGGACGGAUACCCGGCUCCGGCCCCCUCAAGCGGGCGGUAAGGAAGAAACUGGCUGGGAAGGGAUGGCCUGGUGGGUCUUCCCAAACCCAAGGUGCUGCGGUAUUUGAGGGAGGGCGAGUCCGUAUAGAGGCCACCGCGGCCCGUACAGUGAUGGCCGCGUCACCCUCCGCGUCGGGCAGCCUGAAUGCCUCCGGGAUCUCGAGCAGAAGGAGCGAGGAAAUUGCGGAUCUGAUAGAUUUGUUUUCGAGGACUCAAUACAGAGCAAAGGAAGUCACUCCUAGGGUGGAGAGGAUAGAAAAGCGUUGUUUGGAGCUGUUUGGAAGAGACUACAAGUACAGUGUUAUCCAUAAUACCAAUGGCGAAAUCUGCGGGCACUAUCCCAGGCAGAUUGUGUUCUUGGAGUAUGAGAGCACAGAUCAUAAUAAAUACAGGUUCGAGAGUACGGUGCAGAUCGGGAAGCUGCAGGACCUGGUGAACCGCAGCAAGAUGGCUCGGUGUAGGGGCAGAUUCGUCUGUCCCGUCAUCCUGUACUGCGGCAAGCACAUCUGCCGGUCCUCCACCCUCGCUGGCUGGGGGGAGCUGUACGGACGCACUGGCUACAACUACAUCUUCUCAGUCCAGCACAACAGGAUCAAGAAGCUUCGGAAGAACAGGGGGGGCGCUGACGACACCGUGGCGGAAUCCGAGGAGGUUCCGGAGGAGGACAGCGCAGUGCGGAAUGGGGACUCCCAGCUGUUUGACAAGGUGCGGGGCCUGGACAUCAAGCUGCUACGCUACCUCUCCGUGCGUUACAUCUGCGACCUCAUGGUGGAGAACAAGAAGGUCAAGUUUGGCCUGAAUGUCACUUCCUCUGAGAAGGUGGACAAGGCCCAGCGCUAUGCGGACUUCACCCUGCUCUCCGUGCCUUAUCCAGGCUGUGAAUUUUUUAAGGAUUACAAAGAUAGAGACUACACAGCGGAGGGGCUGGUCUUCAACUGGAACCAGGACUUUGUGGAUGCCCCUUUGACAAUCCCUGCUUCCUUUACCAAGAACUUGAACAUAGACUGGAGUGAAUAUCAGUCUUGGGACCUGGUCCAACAGACGCAGAACUACCUGAAGCUGCUCCUUCACAUCAUCAACAGUGACGAUGAGAGUGGAUUGCUGGUUCAUUGCAUAUCCGGCUGGGACAGGACACCCCUCUUCGUCUCUCUCUUGAGACUGUCCCUAUGGGCGGACGGUGCCGUCCAUGCCAGCUUGGAGCCUGCUGAAAUCCUCUACCUGACGAUCGCCUACGACUGGUUCCUCUUCGGACACAUGCUGCCUGAUCGCCUCAUUAAAGGAGAGGAGAUUUUCUUUUUUUGCUUCAAUUUUUUGAAGCACAUAGUCUCUGAGAAUUUCUCAUCUGUGAGAAGGCAAAGACGGAAGAACUCCCAGUUCAAAGACUGUGAGUUGACAGUCGAGGACCUCUGUCUGAUGAAGCCCAUCCACCGCGGCAGCGUGAGCAGCCUGAGCAGCGACUUCUCGCUGAUCACGGAGGACACGGUGGCCGCCUGCAGCUUCACCAGCGAGCCCACAGAUCCGCUGUCCGGUGGGACGCCCGGCCUGCCUGCCUGGCGGAAGGCCAGGACGUCCUCUCCGCAGAUGGUGGUGUGGAACAAGGCCCCCCCCGGGGAGGACCGGCCGCUGCCCCCCAUCACCGUCGCCGAAACCAGGUCCUCCAGCUCCUCCUCCUCCAACCAAUCGGAGCAGGGCUUCUCCCGGACGGGCAGCAGCCCGCUGGCAGUGCCCGGCCGAGGAUCGGUGGGGGAGUACGCCCGCUCCGGCUCCUCGCUGUCCACCGAUUACGGCAGCUGGCAGAUCGUCUCGGGCUGUGGCAGCAUCCACGACCACGCCCCGCCCCCCGCCGAGUCCCCCCUCCCCUUCAGCUUUCAGGACGAGGGACACAACGGCCGGAUGUGUCCCGGGCCGUCGGAGCGCCAGGCGCGGCUGGAGGCGGUGCGGGAGGUGUUCCUCGCGGCCUACAGCUCCACGGUGGGGCUCAAGUCCACCGCGCCCAGCCCCUCUGGCGCCAUCUCUGGCCUGCUGGAGCAGUUCGCCCGAGGAGUGGGCCUCCGUGGCACGAACGCCAUCGUCUGACCUCGCCCCCUCCCCCGUCCACGCUCCGCGCCCUCCAUCACAGAACUUCCAGCGGCUGGCGGAGCCAGGUUCCCCCCAGUGCGACACCACCCCCUCCCCCUCCUCCACCCCCCCCCCACACUGCCCCCUUCUGGACAACGCGCAGACACUGCGGUGCCCAGAAAGGAGCCGCACUGCUCUUGCACGGCAGAAGUGCUCUGCGACAAAGUGCCAAUCACCCAGGGCCCGAAGUUUCCUAGCAGUUUUUUUAUGCCAAAUGUGACUGUAGUACUGACAGUUUCUUUUAAGUUUACGCUGUUCCAACUUUCUUUCCUUUUUUAAAAAAACUGAAAUGUAUGUUUGGGCUCGAGCGGUGGGGACAGUCAGUCAGUGUAUCAGUCUGAAGGCCUGUAAAGGGAAAGGCUAUGUUUAGAACAAAAUCACACUUUUAAAAUUAUUUUUUGGUUUGUAUGGGAAAAAGUAAUUGUCUAGAGUGAAAUAAACCUUAGUAAGACGAGGGAAGCAGCUCAGUCGCUAACAAACAGGAUCAAUGUUUGAAUUUUUUACAGUUAUAAUUUUUUUUCCUAAUUGAUGAGCUUCCUUUAUAAAGAACGUAGAAUCUCUCCUUGGUUCGGUCAAAAAGGAAAAAACGCUGCUAAUGGACCAAGCUAAAGGAGGGAGAACUGCGUUCGAACCAUACGAUCCUCGGUUAGCUUGAGGUAGGCGAACGGCAUUAAACUUAUGAACGGCUUUGGUGCGCAGCUAGAAUGAGGGCCUUCCUCGCUGUAGCAAGCACACAUCUGUAUUGAAUCACUUCUAUGUUUGGUCAGUUGCUGUUUUAACAGGACAAAUCUCAGUGAUAUGCCCGUAGAUGUGGAAACAGUAGUACCUGGUUGGUGCCACUGGUUGAGCGCGGGACGUCUCACCCGCUUAAGUCUAGUUAUUUGUACUUUCAGCCACUAACGGCCUUAUUGAAACGUUUUUUUUUUUUUUUAAUUCUGUACGGACGUCGGCCAAUGGUUUUAACCAGUUUGAUUCCUGUCAAAAUGCCACUUCUCCCUGUAUGGUUUUCUAUUGACUGUUUCAUGUUGGUUUUCUUUGCACUCGGAAGUAGAAACCAGCUGCCCUGCACUCAGGAUUAAAGGCUGAUUUUGCCAGUCGCCGUAGGCGGUCUGUGAUGCCACGGUGUCUGAAGUUACAGGCGAAGCCCGAUUAAGCAGUCAGCGCAACGCUUGGUUUUCGUCAGAGUUUUUUUUUUUUUUGACGGCUUUUUCAUACCUCUGCGCCGUUUGCUGUGCCUUUUAGCGACGUUGGAAUUGAGAUUUUGAUUCCCUCCGAUGACGCGCGUACUUCGGUUUUCGUUCUCAAUGUUUUUUUUCCUAUAUUUACUUCAGAGUUUCGACAUUCAUCGUAAACCGUGAAUCAAUUCCUGUAAUGUAAACGGUUUGCUUUGCUUUUGGCCAGAGAGGCGUUUUUAAAGGAUUCUGUAAUGGGUUAAUUUAAUUCAGCUCGCGUUGUCUCUUCCAUUGGCUUUAGAUCAACAACAUUGAUUUCUCAGUUUUUUUUCUUCUUAAAAGUUGUUUUUUUUUUCAAAUAAAACUUUAUUCACUCCCAUUGCGCAAUAUUUAACAUGCACAAUAUUUUCAUUUACAUUAGCCGAACAAAGUACUUAAGGGAGUCUUGGACAACUCGCGGUGGAAUGGCAGUGCAUUCGAGCAGAUUUCUCUCAUUGACUUCCACAGUCUAUUACUUUACUUUCGAUUGAGUUUUGGACAUUUGGCUCUUCUCUCUUUGUGAGUGUAUCCUCCAUUGCAGAGAUGGAGGAGACGCCUUGCCCCGUGUCUCUUGUCAGCUACCUGUCUGUUCCAAUGAGAGCGCGGUCCAUCAUAGCCAGCCCAUUACCUCUGCGGGCCGCAACCGAAGGCAAACAUCCGAUUCUGCGUUUCAUUUCCCGUAUGUAAACUAUUGUUUCGGUCUCACUUCAUUUAAUCAGAACUAGUGCUAGUCGUCUUGGCGUCAUUCUCGUUUCUGUGUAGACAGUAGAAGGGGGCGGGGUUGUGCUCAUGAUAAUAUUGCUACCGCGUCAUUUUGGAAAAUUAAAUCUAUCCACGCAAGACUGGUUUCCUUGUGUUAUACUGUCUGAUGCUGUAAUACUGUAGAAAACUUGAGAGGAACCCAAUGUAUGCGUGCACACCUCGCCUGUGUUUCUGCACAGAAACGGGACAGAAAGCACUUACUGAUGUCAUGUUUUACUAAUUAUUUUGCAUGUUGUUUCCCCGCUGAAAUGAAACUUUUAAAGGCAUAUAUUUUAAAUGAAAAGCAUUACUCAGAAACGCUUUGCGAAAUGGUGAAAGAAGGCAUUUUAAGAUGGAAUGUUUUAUGAUCCCUUUCUCUUAAUGCUGAAAAAACUGCGUUGCACUCAUCGUCCUUAUAUUAACGUUAUGUGUAAAGUGUGACAUGUUUGUUUUCCUUUGUACAGUCAAUGGUUUUUAAGUACCGUAAUUUUAUUGAUUAUCGAAAAUUUUCUUCACUAUUGUCAGGGAUAAGUAGUUUGUUGGUGGAGAACGCUUAAUAGAAUUGUAGAUGAAAAUUCAAAAUAAAAGUUAAAAAGUAAA